UUUAUAUUUGUAAUGCUAUCAGGAAUACAGUCAGCUACACAAAAAAUAAAUAAGGACUUAGGACAAUAACUUUUUUUCAAAGAUUGUUCUCAUCAGUGCAAAAAAAAGAAGUCACAUUUUCAGUCAGUGAAGCAGGUGUUAUCUUACAAUUACACAAAACACAUGCUGUGGCACGUGAUGGCAAAUUAAAGAGAAAUGCUCCUCCCUUAUUUCAGUCGCAUCUUCGCAAUACUGCUCUCUAUAUAAAGCAACUUCAGAAAAGGUCUGUCGCCCAAAAGAAAAUCUUCAGAAUCCCCGCUCAUAUCUGUAGCUUCCAGACCUCAGAGCUAGUAUGGGAAAGGUUCAACAGGUUGACUGCGAGUGCAAAGAAAAAAAGACAGAGUUCAGUUUAGUGCGGGUCAAAGGAACAUGGAAGAGCAAACCGGGGAAGAAGAUUAACAAGGACCCUGUUGACUGUGUCUCACCUGCCAAAAUAUUUGAGAGCGUCACAGAGCAUGGCACCUCUUGGACCGUGGUCAGCCCCAUCACCUUUACUUACAAGGUAACCGAAACCCAUGGUUUGCUGGAUCCGGGCAACAGCACUCUGCUCGUGGGCCACAUCACCGACUCACAGCAGCUAGAGGACAUCAAAAAGUCAAACAAGCCAAUCAGAAGGUUCAUAGUCAUCGACCAGGAAGUCUGCGAUAUUUACGGCUCCAAGCUCACCGAAUACUUAGAGGCUAACAAUGUGAUGUACAAGAUCUUGGCGCUUCCGACCACCGAGGAGAACAAAUCCAUGGAAACGGCCCUGAAGAUCCUCGAUGAGGUCAACAACUUUGGCCUGGACCGGCGCACCGAACCCAUCAUUGCCAUCGGGGGGGGAGUGUGUCUUGACAUAGUGGGCCUGGCCGCCUCGCUCUACAGGAGGCGCACCCCGUACAUCAGGGUCCCAACCACACUUCUUUCUUACAUCGACGCCAGCGUAGGGGCAAAGACAGGGGUCAACUUUGCCAACUGCAAGAACAAGCUGGGGGCCUACAUCCCGCCUGUCGCUGCCUUACUCGACCUGUCAUUUAUACAAAGCGUUCCACGAAGACACAUCUCCAACGGGCUGGCAGAGAUGUUAAAGAUGGCUUUGAUGAAGCACAAGGGUCUCUUUGAGCUCCUGGAGGAACACGGCUGCAUGCUGUUGGAUACCAAAUUUCAGGCUGACAACACUGUAUACGGGCACAGCAGCCAAAAGGCCGCAUCGCAGGCCACCCGCAUAGCCAUCACCACCAUGCUGGAGGAGCUGGCCCCCAACCUCUGGGAGGACGAUCUGAACAGACUAGUUGACUUUGGCCACCUUAUAAGCCCAGCAUUAGAGAUGAAAGUUCUUCCCUCUCUACUGCACGGCGAGGCAGUGAACAUCGAUAUGUCCUACAUGGUUUAUGUUUCCCACGAGAGUGGUCUAUUGACAGAAGAAGAGAAGAAGAGGAUCAUCAGCUGCAUGGUGGGCCUGGAGCUCCCUGUCUGGCACGAGGAGUUUACCAUGGAACUCAUACAAAAAUCCCUGCAGGACAGGCUGAAACAUUCUGGGGGCCUGGUCAGAAUGCCUCUACCCGUUGGUCUCGGCCAAGCCGAAAUUUUUAACAGCACUUCAUAUGACGUGCUGUACCGAGCUCACGUCAAGUGGUGUGAAGAGCUGAGCGUUUCCUCCGACAGCACUUGCGAUGCUUAACCUCGGCAUUCUUCGUUCUACCACAAGCAAUUUGAAAAGAUAUAGUUUAUAUGUUACAAAACUUUAGUUAGUAAUAAGUGGUCUGGUGUUGCAUGCGAACAUGGGUUUGGAAACUUUAAGUAGUUUCGAAUCGGAGAAUAAAUGUACAGUAUUUUCACAAAUAUACUCGCUAAGGCCAUAAGUGGGGCAGCUCUGUUAACGCUGGCAGUAUUUCUACGCAAUGGUUUAAUAUGAGAAACCUGUGUCUGACCAGGAGUCUGUCAGCUUUAGUUUCCACAAUGAUCUUUCUGUAAAUGGUGGUCGAAAUGGUAUGGAUGCUGGUUGUCUUUAUUUCACAAGGUUACAAAACAGAUUAAAUAAAAUGUUUUUUUUUUAGAAAAUAGUUCAAUUGUUGUUGAACCUGUUUUUAAUCACCAUGUAAGUGCUGCAACAGCAAACCAGUUAUGUGACAAGUGGUUUGCUUGUUGCACACCUGUGGCUUCUGACUGUCAAAUACAAUAAAAAUACUCCAAUGAAGAUUUUUGUUAUACAUCACAAAGUGUCUUUUUUUCUUUUUUUUAAAUAAUGGCUCUCAUAAAUGUUUUUCAAUUGACAUAUACCUCUUUUUGUGUUCACAAAUUAACACAAUCAUUUAAGACAUUUGCGACACAGAUGUCUGAUUAAGACUUGAUAACUGAUCUUGUACAACUGGAAUCACAUAAAUGUUGCGACCACAGUUUUAACAUUUCUUGUUUGUGGCAGUUUGUAGCUUAACUACAGGAGUACCAAUAAACAGCACUGACGGUG